CCGCGUGUCGGGAAGCGCACGGUGAGCCCCUCUCUCCCUGGUUUCUCGCGCUUUUGCGGUGCUUAAGUCCUUGCUGGUGGUUGCUGGAGGUCGUUUUGGACAAGGAGAGUUAUUUUAGGCGAGAAGUGUAGUGUCUGUGAGGCAAAAUGGCGAUUCAACCACUUAAAAAACCAAGGAUUGUCAAAAAGCGGACAAAGCGGUUCAUCCGCCACCAGAGCGACCGCUUCGUCAAAGUAAAGGCCAACUGGAGGAAGCCCAAGGGUAUUGAUAACCGUGUGAGGCGUCGCUUCAAGGGCCAGUAUCUUAUGCCCAACAUUGGUUAUGGUUCUGCCAAAAGGACCAAGCAUAUGCUCCCUAAUGGUUUCAAGAAGGUUUUGAUCCACAAUGUCCGCGAGUUGGAAGUUUUAAUGAUGCAGCACCGCACCUUCUGUGGUGAAAUUGCCCAUGGUGUCUCCUCCAGGAAGCGCAAGGAUAUUGUUGAGAGGGCCAACCAGCUCUCAAUCCGCCUCACCAACGGGUCUGCAAGACUUCGCACGGAGGAAUCCACGUAGAUCAAUAAAUUGUGGUUGUAA